UGGUUAGUGAUGGAAUCCAAGACACGCGUUUCAUACAUCCCUAUAUAUUAGUACAAACUUAUGCAAAUAUGAAGAUAAUGACUAGAUUAAUUUUAAGCCAUAAAAAUUGUCAUCUAUUUAAUAUUAUUAACACUAAUAUCAACUACCAAUGACUCAAACUUACAUAUACAUACACAGAUAAUUCGUUCAGUCAUUUAUUUUCACAUCGUGAAGUUUUUACAUGAUUCACAUUUAACUAACGGUUGUUAUUCUAUAGUUGAAUUCAUUAGUCAAUUAAAGCUAGACCACCAUGGAAAACAUGAAAGCACUGGAUGGCCGUUUCGUUCUAUUGUGGGACUCUCCAGCAGUGCGCAUCCAUGAUCCCGCCUCGCGAGAUUCCAACUCAGGAUCUAUCAGUCUCUCCCGCGAACGCUUAACCUCUAAACCAUUGAGCCGACCGGCAUCCAACGGUGUUAGUGUCUAACUUCAAUUAAUCCACGAAAUUGAGCGAUACGUCUACCAUUGUCUUCAGUGAGUUACUAUCUUACAACAGACCUAGUUAAACUCUACUGGUCACUGCUCCUCACUAGAACUGCAGGAAAUCCCACUAAUGAGUACAUAAUGAUUAUAAUCAAAGAGGGGUUUUGUGGAGAUUUUAGUAAUUUAAUAGUUGAAUUCAUGAGACGAAUCCCACGAAUCUCGCGUGGCGGAAUCGUGCAUGUGCAUUGCUGAGGAAUCCCCUACUACGACAAAAUGGCUGUUCAGUGCUUCCAGGUUUUCCAUGGUGGUCUAGAUUCAAUUAACUCAUGAAUUCAAUUAUAAAAAUUACUAAAAUCUCAGUUGACCAGAUAUCAUCAGCAACAUCCAACUGUAUGAGGAAACAAAUCAACUUCUAGGUGAAAAAGAGAUUAGGAAAAGACAGAAACCAUCAAACUGCAUCACGGGGCAAGCCCUAACUUGUAAUCCUAAAGGAAAACGAAAAACAGGAAGGCCGAACAAUACACUACGUCGAAAAUCGGAAGCAGACAUGAAAAGGUUGAUUAACAUCUGAAAACAAUUUCUCAGGACAAAAUUAGAUGUAGAAUGCUUCUAGGUAUCCGAUGCUCCUCUACAAGGAAUAACAGGCGUAAGUAAAUGAGUAAAAGUAACCAUUGCUUUCAAGAGAUAAUUGUUAUUGACCAAAAUGACAUACGACGUUAAUUUCAAUGAGAGCGAAUUAAUUAUUUCAAACAAUUUUUCUACAAAUAUACUCUCACCUAUUGAAAUAUAUUUAAGCACGAAGUACAUUUUAUUCGUAUCAAGUUUUUUUUAAAACUCUAAUGAAUUAAAAAAUAGUAUAGGCUAUGGAGUCUUAUUACUAAUACAAUCACUAACACAUACCAUUUCUUUUCCAUUUAUAUCCAAAUCAAUAUAAAGUCACAUUUCAAAUCAUAUGACCACAACUAAAUAGAUACAUUUGUUCUACCCAGUAUAUAAAUAUGUAGAAAACUAACAUAGAAACUAAAUUAAUUAAAUUUUCAUUAUUAUUAUUAUUUUAUUAUGAUGAUACAAUCAUCAAUUAAUAUGAAAUUAUCAUCUAUAAAUCGUUCAACUCAAGUGAAUGAAAUAUUAUCAAGUUGUUUAGUUGAUGCUCAAUCAUAUACAUGUCAAUCUAAUGAAAAAUUAAUUCAACAUAAUGAAAUAUUUAAUCAAAUUGAAACUUAUAAAAAUGUCACAUUUAUUGAUUUAGAUGAUAUACAAUUAACUAAUAAUCAAUUAUUAGAUAAUUUAAUUAAAGAAUCAUUUCUAUGUUCUAUAUGUCGUGGUCUAUUAGUUCGAACUCGUUUAUUAUCAUGUGGUCAUCAAUUUUGUCGUGAAUGUUUAUAUUAUUGGUUUAAAAUACGUAAUACAUGUCCAUUAUGUAGAAAAUAUGUAAAUAGAAAUAUAUCUGCAAUAAAUAUUGAUAAUUUUUUAGAUGAAUUAAUUGAACAUGGAUCUAAUGAAGCAUUAAAAUAUCAACGUAAACAACGUAAAAUUGAAAAAGCAAGUGAAUUAUUAGAUUAUAAAUUAGAUAUAAAUAAUUCAAGAGAUAUAUUACAUACUGUUACAGAGACUUAUGUUCAAACUACAGCAUAUGUUGAUAGUACACAAAGUAACGUAAUGACAGAUAGAACAACUUACUACUCAAAUAUGAAUGAAUAA